AUGUACGCCGAUGACUCUGAUUCUCCAUGGAUGGCUUCGAAUCUGACACUCUUCAGGACCAACAGCUCAGCGUCUUCUGCACUGCGAAUGCGCGCCAAGCCACUCCGGACAUACGGGAAACGGAGUACGACCCGAGAGAACUCGCCCAGGGAACCCAGUCCGAAGAAGCGACGCAUAUCGACGGAGGAGACAUCUUUGAAGAAGCGGAACUUCAAGAGCGUUGACACGGAAUCACCAUCGCUCCCCGAGAUUACAGCAACCGGGGGCAAGGACUCGACGGAACCCACAGCAAGCGACAGAAAUUCGCCCAAGGAUGUCGUCAAGAAGGGUUCAAUAUUGAACUUCUUUAAGCCUGUGUCUUCGUCAUCAUCCACAGUCGCUCCCAGUCCAAAGAGCGAUGAGCCACAACCCGAAUCAACACCACCGUCAUCUCCUCCACAACCACCCCGGAUAGAGCCUCGGAGAAAACCACGAAUACUGCGGUUCGGGGGCUCAUCAUUACCCACCAUCAGCAACGAAGAGACAGAAAGCGAUGUUCAAGACGACGACGAGAAUGUGGAGAAUCGAGAAGAUGGCAAGGGACCUGCGAGGUCACCAUUGAAAGAGCAACACACAACAAACACAACCACCACAAAACCGAAGAAGCCAAAACAACAGACCGUCCAAACGACGCUCAACAUCUCCUCUCAAGCACCCUUCUCCGAGUGCAAGGUCUGCAACACAGUCUGGAACCCCCUCUAUCCAGACGACGUCAAAUACCACACAAAGCAACACGCAGCGGUCUUACGGGCAAGGAAGAAGAAGGAGAGCGAAGCAUUAUAG